CGCUUUGCUGAGGGUCACUUCAUGCUGCUUAAAGCUGACCGUGCAUUGCACUGACCACUGUCCGGAAGCGGUGUCACGUCGCAUUGUGUGUGUUGAGAGUCUCUAGGGACCCCUCCUGGACGAGCUGGCAUAUAUAACGAGUUGACUCGCCCCUCCCGGACAAAACUCGAUUGAGCCCGGCCCGACGCGCCUGUGCUGCGCUUCAUGGAUGCUUUUGCAGUUCAGCAUCCUCAGCCCUGCCCAGCUCAGCGGAACUGAAACACUGUGACACGGACAAAAUCUGACCGCUCUCCCUCUCUCCUCUUUUAGCUAUACACGACAUAUACCAGAGUGCUUGCAGAGCUGCCAUGGCGAACAGAGGGCCCAGCUAUGGACUGAGCCGAGAGGUCCAGGAGAAGAUAGAGCAGAAGUAUGACCCAGACCUGGAGCAGCGGUUGGUGGACUGGAUAGUCGCACAGUGUGGGGGAAACAUGGACAGGCCACAGCCUGGCAGAGAGAGCUUCCAGAAAUGGCUGAUGGAUGGCACAAUCCUUUGUAGGCUUAUCAACAGCCUUUAUCCAAGGGGGAAGGAGCCUAUCAAGAAGAUUCCAGAGACACAGAUGGCCUUCAAACAAAUGGAGAAGAUCUCUCAGUUCCUGCAAGCCGCAGAAGCUUACGGAGUCACAACCACUGAUAUAUUUCAAACCGUGGACCUCUGGGAAGGAAAGGACAUGGCAGCAGUGCAAAGAACCCUUAUGUCUCUGGGGAGUGUGGCAGUCACUAAAGAUGAUGGUCAUUACAGAGGAGACCGAGACUGGUUUCACAGGAAAGCCCAAGGAUAUCGACGAGAGUUCAGUCAAGAGCAGCUCCGCCAAGGCCAGAGUUUGAUCGGCCUCCAGAUGGGCAGCAACCGCGGAGCUUCUCAAUCUGGUAUGACGGGCUACGGUAUGCACCGUCAGAUCAUGUAGACCACUUACUAGCUAACCUGCAGCCCCCCCUGCCCCUGAUAUUUUCUACUAAUACCACAAAAGUUGUAACGUUCAUAACCUUUGUAGCACCUGACAUGUUAACCUCAAAUUUCCCUGGAACUGCUGCUUUCCCAAACAAUGUUCUGUCUUGAUGAUGAUGUCAAAUGCUGUAGACCUCCUCCUUCAAGCUUCUGUUCCCG